UGUGAUAACAGAAGGUCAAUCAUGGCGGCUUGCGUUAAGGGUUUCGAAAAGUUUAACCUUUCGCUUAGGUUAUGUCGAAGUUUUAUGUUCCAGAAUGAACGGUUCUUGUCGACGUCUGUGCGUCUUCACGGGGACAGUGAGCCUCCAAAAUUUGUCCCUCCAUCCAAACCCGUCAUUUUAGAUAAGACGCAAACUGCGGAGUCUCAGCGAAAGUUUCUAAGCCCAGAGUUCAUUCCACCCAGACAGAGGACAGAUCCUUUUAAGUUUUAUAUGGAGAGGAAAGACAUGAUCCGCAGGAGGAAAGUCCUCAACAUCCCUGAAUUCUACGUGGGAAGUAUCCUUGCAGUGACGAUGGCUGAUCGCAACGCUAGUGGGAAAAAAAAUCGCUUUGUUGGCAUCUGUAUCCAGAGGGGUGGGAAAGGACUGGGGGCCACGUUCAUCCUGAGAAACAUCUUGAAUGGUCAAGGUGUGGAGAUCUGCUUUGAGCUGUACAACCCUCACGUACAGAAUAUUGAAGUGCUGAAGCUGGAGAAAAGGCUGGAUGACAAUCUGAUGUAUCUAAGAGAUGCUCUGCCUGAGUACAGCACCGUGGACCCAGAAAUGAAGCCUGUGCCCAUCUCCCUUUCUGGAGAGGUGCCUGUGAACAAGUGUAAAGUCCUAAUGCGCCCCAAGCCAUGGUCCAAAAACUGGGAAUGGACCAAGUUCAACAUUCAGGGCGCCCACUUCAACCUGACGCCUAGACAGAAGGAGAAAGUUGAAAAGUUAGCGCAGCCUUGGCUCGAGUACGACAUGCUGAAGGAGUACGACACGACCCAACUGGAGGAGGACAUCCACAAGGAAGUCCAGGAGGAGAUGAGCAAGUGAAGAGCUCCUUCAUGACAGACUUAAAUGUUAACGGAGGAACGUCUGGAACAUUUUGUGUGGAUGUGUGACAGCAGACAUGUUAAAGCGCAGUGGUUGACUGCAGCCGCAGUACGAAGCAGAGUGGAUGUUUCUUUUGUCCAUAACCUUCUUGUCUCUGUGAUCAGUUUGCUGGGAGCUUUUUCAGUCACUGAUG